GUCACUCGCGAGGCGUUGUAUUAUGUCCGCCAUUUUGGUGGAAUAUUGUAUGAAAUUUAGAGUUUGAGACUGAACUCCAGCUGCUCUACCUCACUUUACAAACACUAUUUGAAACAUCGAAAUGUCCGUUAGACGCCAGUUAAAGAACGUGGUGAACAACUACUCGAACGCCGAAGUAAAAGUUCGCGAAGCUACUUCGAACGAUCCUUGGGGACCAUCAAGUUCUGUGAUGACUGAGAUUGCCGAUGCCACUUACAACGUGGUUGCCUUUUCAGAGAUAAUGGGGAUGAUUUGGAAAAGACUCAACGACCAUGGAAAAAACUGGAGGCACGUGUACAAGUCAUUGGUUGUUUUGGAUUACAUUAUUAAGACUGGCACUGAAAGAGUAGCUCAGCAAUGCCGAGAGAACUUGUACGCAAUUCAAACUUUAAAAGAUUUUCAGUUCAUCGAUAAAGACGGUAAAGAUCAGGGAAUGAACGUACGUGAAAAGGCUAAACAGCUUGUUGCAUUAUUGAAAGACGAAGAUCGGCUGAAGAGUGAGAGGGCUCGAGCAUUAAAAGCAAAGGAGAGAUUCGCACAAGCCAGUUCUGGCAUCGGCAGCGAUUCGGUGAAAGCCGGCAACUUACGAGACUCGGGAAGCACAUCUGAUCUGCGUCUUGGUGCCCCAGCAGCACCAGCAACUGGUGUACCAACUAGCCGCUCGUGGGAACCUGCCAGGAAAGUCCUAGGCAGCGAUAUGGAAACCUGCCGUCCGUCGAAUGCCAACGAGGAAGAAUUACAGUUGCAAUUAGCGUUGGCACUAAGCAAGCAAGAGGCAGAAGAGAAAGAAAAACUGAAUGAGAGGGAUGAUCAACGGCUACAGAUGGCCAUUAGCCAAAGUCAACAAAUUUCUUCACCUCAAGAACCAUUGCCACUGGAUGUUGGAAGCAAUGGUGUUCAAGUUUCCCAGGAUACGUUUGACCCUUGGGGUUCUACACCAUCAGGGGUUGCAAGUUCCCCCAUGUCACAACCGUCCAUAUCACAACCUUCCAUUCCACAACCUGAUCCCUGGCUAGGUGGCACCAAUUCAGUUGCCACUGCUCCUACCAAUCCUUGGGGAGACAACAGUGCAUCUUAUCACUUACCAAUAAACUCAUCACAGAAUCUUUUUGGAGCUUCAAACAACGCACCUGUUGUGGCAGCUAUGGCUGGAGGAACAGAUCCCUGGGGAGCAGCCCCUAUACAAAGUAAUUCAGCUACAGCACCUCCCCUGAGUGACCCAUGGAGUGGAAGAGACAUUUUUCCCGCAGAAGUGGCACCACAACCUCAAGGGCCAUGGGAAACUUUGCAGCCUGAGGGUUCCAAUGCUUUCAACCAGAGUGCUACUGGCAGUGAAAUUUCAAGUCAGCCACCUUUGGUUCCAUUUAACCUUGAAAAUAAAGAUGAAGUAUUAAUGAAGUCAACAGGUGGCCAGGAAUUCCUGGAUAACAGGGUUUCUAAUUUGGUGAACUUAGAUUUGCUUACUCAAAAACCUGACCCUGUUGCCAAUCCUUUCUUGUCCAGCAAACCAGCAUCAUCCAGAUCAACUAAUCCAUUUGUACAAGAUAAGCCUCAAGCACCAACACUGAAUCAGCUUCGUGAGCAGCCAGUUGUAGUACCAAACAGCAUGCAGAGUAUGAGUGGAGGAGUGUUACUACCCUCACCUCUAAUUCCAGAUUCUACCUCUAGACCCCAGCAAACAGUUCAAAGUAAUCCCUUCCUGUGAGGAAGCAAGUGAUCAACUUAGUCAAGAAGAAAGGUAUGUUUAAUUUGUUGUUUCAACAGAAUUGCUUAUUGCCUUGAACAUAUGAUAUUGCUAAUCAGGUGAUGGGGUUCCCUUCUGUGGAAAUUAUCUUUUAAAAGGUUUUUCCCCUGAAGUGCACUUGAGGUUACGAGAGAAGGAAAUGAAAAAUAAGUAAAAAGUCAUUUACACCCUGCUUACUAUGCUAAGGUUUUGUUUUUGGUCACUCAAAGAAAACAGAGGUGGCAGAACAAAAACUAGUCACAAAGUUUGAGUGUUCAAACCACCUGUUGAAAUUCAAUUGGUCAGUUAUUUAAACUUUUGUCUAACAAAAAUGUGUUCUAAGCCAUCUUCAAUUUAGCAGAACUUUAUCUGAACAUUUAUUUUCAUUUACAGUGUUAAGUGGGCCAAAAGCUUAUUGUGGAAGGACAUUUAUUUUAUUAUAUCAACCCUCUUAAAGAGAAUCCCUGAGGCCCACUACUUGGGUAAAGCUACUGUAUGGUUUGGGUUAGACCUUGUGUUAAUAACCAGCCCAAUGAGUUUUCUAGAGCUUCCCCUUUGGAUAGUUUGCUAAUAACCAAAUUGAUCCACCCCAAAUGGAAGGAACCUGUUACAUAUUGCAUCUUGCAUCAAAAUCAAGAGUCUAAUUUAAGGACUGUAUUUACUCGUGUCUAAGUCGACCUUUUAAGACUAAAAACUCAGCCCAAAAAAUCACCCAUGACUUAUACACAAGUCAUACACAAAGACCUGGUCUAAAGCAAUCCAAGAAAUUAGCAUAACAAUUGCCUGAAGUCUGUAAAGGAAACCAAGUUUACAAAACCAGUUCUAAUUGUGUUUGAGUUUCGUCAGUUUUCAGUGCAUUCUUCAUCAACAAAAAGCUUGAAAUAAUAAAUUUUAAGAGGCUUAAACACAAAGCUACUGAAGCUGAUGUCUAUUUUGUCUCUAAUCUGUAGAGCAGACAUUUCACUUACAGCUUUGCUGCUGUUUGCGGUGCUGAAUUGAAUGAUUUCAGUAGCUUAGUGACCUGGCAAAUGGUGUUGUCUUACAAAGUCUUGUUUUUUACCAGCAAUCUUUCAAAGCUCCUCAGUGUUCCUUCGGUCCACUAAAUCUCCUUUCAAACUUAACAUUAAGUUUAGUUAAACGCAAGAUGAUUUUAUUUUCAAUGUGAUUCAAAAAAUAUGGUAAAAUACUUCUCUGGUAAAUGGAAGUGCUAGUGUAUGCUUAACUGGUGGUGAUAUAAACAAGUGCUGAUAAACUCUACAGCACAUGGUUACAUUUUGUUUUGCAGUUUUUUUUUUUAAUUCACUGUGUUAUCAAUACAUUCUCAAAAAUAGGAGAUUAACUUUUUGGGAAAUUUUUAUUGGUAUUCAUUUUACUUCUUUAACCAUAAAUGAUGAAGAAUAUGAUUUUUGACCUUGAAAAUGAGGGGUGGACUUAUACAUGAGUUCGACUUGUACACAAGUAAAUACAGUAUAUACAUUUCUGUUGAUGCCAGUAAAGUAAGAAAUGCCUAGGUAGCUACAGUAUUUAAUCUAGAAAGGCCUCAAAAGAAUUAAAUAUUAAAUUUUUUAUAAAUACUUGUAUUGAAAAAACAGAACAUACUGGAAACAACCAGUGUCUUCCAUUUCCAUUUUCUUGACCAUAUACUUGACAAAAUCUUUUAAUCAUCAUGGCCAAUGUUACUAACAGAACAACAUGCUUCUCCUUUUCACAAGCUGUUGUGUGUGUUGUUGCAACAUUUUUCACACUGAUUUUGGUCAAUUUAGUGUCCUUUGUGUCCUAAUGGUCCUCAGCCACUAAUAAUUUUUAUUUGCUGUUCUGUUCAAAAGUAAGUAGCACUGCCAAUUUUAGCGAGCCUUCUGAAAUGCUUAGAGAACUUGUUUCCAAUUGUCUCACUAAAAUUAAACAAAUAGUUCACUGAUUAAACUAUAAUUAGAGAAUCAUAUGGUGGAUGUAAAGAACUAAUUAUCAAUACUUUCAAAAUUGUUUCUACUACAACAUUUAUUUAGUAUAUUGAAUCUAUGCCCAAAUGCAUUUCUAGAGUAAUUGCCAGGAGAGAAGGGUGCAUCAGGUGUUGAACUUUGCCUCCCUUAAAAAAACACAACACUUUUCAAAGACAAGAAUAGUGUCUUCAACUGAAAAGUCCAAUAAUAGUGACUAAAAUGAUGCAGCGGGUUUCACGAAGGAGUAUAUACAAACAUUGUUUGCAUACAAUAUUUCCUAUGUGUAGUUCACUGAAGAUUAUUCACAAUUAUCGACACUCUUGUCGAUCUUUCCAUUUGAUUCUUUGUUUAAUGAAAGAUACAAUGUAAUUCUAAACUUUCAUAUUCUUGAGGUGUUAAAAAACAAUGUCAAAGGUAAGCAUUAAGCAACUGAUAUGUACUUGCUAACUCAACAUUUCUGAACAAUCUCCCAGCAUUCCUCUUAAAUACACUCCCAGACACAUUUGUUGGUGUUCUCAAUGUUUACCUGCAAGGUCACUUAGAAACAGUGGGGGUAAACAACAUUGAAAGGGGGAGAAGGGUGAAAGAACAUCAUGGAUGUUACUUUGGAGAAGUUCUCUAACCACAGUGGUUCUAUCUGGGAGUGUAGAUUGAUUAGCAAUAACUGUCCUAGCCAGCCAUUGUAUUUUCCAACUCUGUUUUGUGUCUCCUAUUUACUAUUAAGUUCAGCUUGUGCUCUAUAUCGAGGCAGCUUCCUUUCCUUAACCCCCUACACCCUAAGAUCAGCAUGCAUAUUCUCCUUACUGAGAUUAACAAUCCAGAUCCUCUUUUGUUGGUGAUUAUUUCCUUUUUUCUUGUGACCUUAACUGUGUGUUCUUAUGUGGUAUUGUAAGGAGAAAUUUGAUGCUUGUUACUCUUAAGGUAUAAACAGUUAAAACAAUACUUUAGGGAAGAUUUUGGUAGGUGGCUGCUCAACUUGUUAACAGCCUGAAACAAUACUCUGUUGUAAUGUGGAUGAACUUUUUAAACAACUGGCAAUAUGAAAUGGAAUAGGCUCUGGACCUUCUUUAAUUGCUGCAGCAAAGAUACUUUUCCUGCUGCCUAACAUUUCAAUCAUUAAAUUGUGUAUUUUGCUUGCACCAAUCAGAUUGCACUUCAGUAUGUUGUUAGCAUUGAUAAGAUUGCACCUGCUAUUUUGCUGGCAUUAAUCAAAUUACACCAGGUAUAUUGCUUUCACCAAUUAGAUGGAAUUUAACUUUGUGUUUCACUGAAAUUUUAUAUAACAUUCAUCUUGUUCACAACGUUGUGCCUUAAUUUAAUUCUGGAAGCUACAAGAUAAGUGUGUCCAAGAUAUGUCAUGUCAACUCUAAUGUGUCCUUUACAUGUUUUGCCAUAUAAAUUAGACUGCAACACUUGAGGAUACAGUAUUGUGGGACAGGAUUUAUGCCUCUUUCUUAGACAAACUUGUAAUCUUCCCUUUUUCUUUUUUGCAACAUAAUGGCAAAAUGAUGUUUCAGUAGGAGUGUUCUUUGUCCAACUAGACCCUGUGAGCAGGGUAACUGGGAUACCUGGAUGGUACUGGAUCCUUGGGAUCAAUUGUAGUGAUACUAAGGGUGUUAGACUAAUACUGUAAAACAAGAAAGCAAGUGACAUGGCUACACACUGUGUACCAGCACUUAACCCAAACAUUGCCACAUUGUCAUGACUGUAAGGAACUUGAAUUGUUUUAGUAGAAUUGAUAAUAGGACCAGGGUUUUUUCUAUAUCCUCAGAAAGAUUAGACUUAAAAUGAUUUAUCCUGUGAUUCAGAUUUUUAUAAACGUUUGGUACUGAAUUAGACCUCCAUGCAUUCAACUGCUUUGGCUUUGGACUGUUUAUUACAUGUGGGUAUUGGUUUUGCAUUUUCAGUAUCCUGUAUUUGUUAGACUUUGGAUAUUUUCUCCUGGCUGCAGAAGAGGGAUAUUUCAUUGUUCCUUUAUUUUCACAACUGAUUCCAUGUGCAUAUAUUUUUUCACAAGCUUAAUUUUCUGAUGUAGGUUUGUAGUAAAUGUCUUACUCUCCUGGAUUUCUGCAAAAUACGUGUAAUUCUUUUCUUUGGUAUUCUGCUGGGCUCACAAUCCUGAACAUGAAUACCAUAUGUACGAGGGCAACUAAAAUAAACAAAUUUGUCAUAUCGAGAUCUACAGUUACAGACUGUAUUUAUUGAAAAUGCUUCAUCAUUGCUAUUAUUAAGCUUAUUAUCAUAUACAAUAACAGAUAACUGAGCAGCUUUCUUAAAUAUGUUACAUUCAUCAAAGCUAUUCACAGCAGCUUUUGCUGAAGACAUCAACAACUUCAUGUAGAAAUCAGCCCACAAGACAAAUGUGUAAACAAUAGAUAACAUAACAAGAUACACAAAAAUCACAGGAUUUUGGAUCAUGUAUUUAUUAAAAAAGAAUAUCCAUACAACUACAAUGAAAACAAAUAUAAGAUUCACCUUUGUGAUCGUGAAAUUAAUACCAUUCGUACUGUUAUCGUAGCUACGUUCCUUGGCAUCAAGUGAAUCAAACACGGUGUCUUUCUUCACAAGCAGUUAUCAUCCAUUAGAGUUUUGUUCUUCAAUCUCACAGUAGUAGUGGUAUGAUUUUGCUUUUUUUUUUUAACAAGUGUACGUUUUUCAACUAAGACAUCAGCAUACAAGGCAUACAAGGCUUUUAUGGCUUUCAAGGCAUACAAGGCUUUCAUGGCUUUCAAGCGUUCGUGACUCAAUCCGUUCCAAAAAUACUGCCCAGUAACAUCUUUUAGUGUGGAUUGUCUGCGAACAAUAUGACUUGUGCAUGUGUCUGUAAGUAUUUUGAGUGUUUGCGCCAUAUAGCUGUAGGUAAUCAUAAACAAAGAUAUUGUACCUCCAUCAACAAAGCAACAAUCCCAGAACAAAUACAGAAUGGCUGACAAGAGUUUUAUAAGCGAAAAUCUUGUGUUCAUCAUGUGACCCGGCCUUGUCCAUGCAUGACAACGUCAACCAUUGUCAAGAUAACAUGCAUGAUCAGCAUGUGAACACCUCCACCCCCAUUGGAUCACAGUUAGUUAUCAUGGUGUUGAGGGCCCAAUGACCACUGGGUACUAUUGUGAAAUUUUUCCCAUUUUGUGGUGGAGGAAAAAAAAAGAGACAACAAAAACAAAGGCGUUUUAUGACUGGGCUACCACAGGUAUCCCAGUAACGAGAGACUUUUGAAAUUUUUGAAAAGAAGCAAGUAAAUACUCCUUGUGUUAUGCAGUGGAAAGUACUGAUGAAUUACUGUGUGAUCAAAUUUAGUCUUCAGUUUUCUUUCUUAUUAUUGUCUUUGUUUUUGGCUGAUAGAAUAUACUGAAAAGUAAAACAUUAACUGAAUGUUGUUAAUUUCAUUUUGUUUACUUAUUCAUUUAUUUGCUUAUUUAUCUCUUUUCAGCCACUGCCUGAAGAUUCUUGGGAAAGAAUUCAGCUCAACUGGUCUUGGAACAAGUAAUUGUCAUCAGCUUUCUUGUUUAAAAAGAAAUAUUCUGAAAAACUGGAGACUAAGAAAAGUAAAAUAUGCCUUAUGGUGUUCUGUGGG